AUGAAUGAUUGUCAACCUGUUAUGAACAAUGUGUCAACAACAUAUACAACUGUAUUUCAUUUCUUAAUAACGACGAUUUCAUUGAAUAGUCAGUUGUUGAAUUUGAUGAAUACAUGGAAAAUACGUAAUAUGGAAUAUCAUUUUUACAGUUGUAGUGAUUAUUUGGCAGAUUUUCAGUGGAUUCAAUCUGAACAUAAUUCAGGCGCCAAACCAUUUUUAAAAUUGAUGAUUGCAACAAUUCUUCCAUCUACAAUCAAUAAAGUCAUUGUACUGGAUAUUGAUAUACUACUUAAUACAGAUAUUAUUGAAUUAUGGAAUCAUUUUGAUUAUUUUAAUGAAACUCAGAGCAUAGGUAUUGGAUUAGAACAAAAUCCAUAUUUUCAAGAAGUUAUGACCAGGUUAGAAAGCGAUUGGAAAGGUUACGGAUAUAAUAACGGUGUUCUAUUACUUCAUCUGUCUAAAUUACGAUCAACCAAUUGGAAUCAUCUAUGGUUGAGCAUAACUAGAAGAGCUAUUGAACAUCAAGGUUACUUAAUCACUGGUGAACAGGACAUUUUAAACUUAAUAUUAUUCCGAUUCCAAUACAUUUUAUAUGAGAUUCCAUGUGAAUGGAAUAUUCAAUUAAGUGAAGGAAGUGAUGUACAACGAUGUCCUGUAAGUUGGUUAACUUAUGCAGAAUUGAAAAAGCGUAAUUAUACAACAAUUGUUAAACAACCAAAACUUAUUCAUAUUAAUCAUCUUACUAAACCAGACGACAUAAUAGCGAAUUAUACACCAACUGAGUACAUUGAUCAAUCAGAUGUCAUUCUUAAACAGUGGGAACUAUAUGAUAAAUUCGUGUCAGUUUACCGUCAAUAUACUCAAUUAAAUGAAUCAUGUUUCCAAUAG